CUCAACAUUAUCAAACAGAUCCGCAUCUUUGUCUUCUUUGCUUUAUUGAGACAAUCCAAAGACAAACCAACCAAAAUUAGAAACAGUAGACUUCCUGUCAAGAAUCCUUAAACACAAACAGAUUUUGUCCUUUCAUAAUAUUUAGCCUUUGGUCAGUUUGAAAGUCUGAGGGAACUUAUCCCUUUUGACCUCACAACAUUCAACCAACAGAUGGUGAUAAAAUUGUUUUCCAAGAAAUUACAAACUUCAAGCUCAGAGCUGAAACAUACCUUCAUCUGUUCUCUAGCACUCAGCAUUUCCCCAUUAUAUAGCCUUCCAUUUUAUUCACUGCAAACUGAAUUACUCUAAUGCAUAAUGGCUCUUGACAGUAUCAAAUCUGUACGAUUUAGAGAUGAGCUGGUUGAAACUGCAGAAGAGGGGAAGUUUAACGUCUCUGCCUCCAUGAAAAACAAGGAGCAGAAGACUGAAUUGGAACCAGCGAGAAAGGCCUUCCAGAAGAAGAAGCUUUCACGAGUCUUUUCAGAGGACUAUGAAGCAGUGCAGAGGAAUAUAUUUGAUCCUCGCGGAACCAGCCUUAGCCUAUGGAAUAAGUUAUUCCUCUUAGCAUGCCUUGCUUCUCUUUUUGUUGACCCUCUGUUCUUUUAUCUACCGAGCAUUGAUGAGGACGAGAUGUGCCUGGCUGCAAGUCAUCCCCUCGAGAUAGUCCUCACAGUAACUCGAUCAGCAAUAGAUGCAUUCUAUGUCAUCCAGAUUUUUGUUAGGUUCAGAACAGCUUAUGUAGCGCCUUCCUCUCGAGUUUAUGGGAGAGGAGAGCUCGUCAUUGACUCUAAAAGGAUUGCAUCCCGGUAUUUCUCUAAGGACUUGUGGUUCGACUUGUUAGCUGCUCUUCCUCUUCCACAGGUCUUGAUUUGGGCUGCAAUCCCAUCUAUGAGAGGCUCAAACAGAAUCUCAGCCAAACAUGCGCUUCGCCUCACUAUAAUGUUUCAAUUCCUACUGAGAUUGUAUCUCAUUUUCCCUCUGUCAUCUAAAAUCAUCAAGACCACUGGUGUCAUGGUGGAAGCUGUGUGGGCUGGGGCAGCAUGCAACUUACUCCUCUAUAUGCUGGCAAGUCAUGUCAUUGGUUCCUGUUGGUACCUUUUGGGUGUUGAAAGGCAAGAACAGUGUUGGAAAAAGGUUUGUGAUGAGCAAAAGCCAAAUUGCCAGUACUGGUACUUUGAUUGCAGAUGGAGGCAUGAAGGCAGAAGAGUGGGGUGGUAUGAGUCAAGCAACAUCUCCACAUUAUGUGGCCCUGACAGUGACUUCUACUACUUUGGGAUUUAUGGUGAUAUUAUGAGCUUUGGAGUCGGGCAGGCGUCGUUCUUGGACAAGUACUCUUACUGCCUCCGCUGGGGGCUCAGGAACCUCAGCUCUCUUGGGCAGAAUCUCACCACAGGUGCCUACAUUGGAGAAAACAACUUUGCCAUUGUUGUUGCAAUUCUGGGAUUGGUUCUUUUCGCCUUACUUAUCGGGAAUAUGCAAACACACCUUCAGUCUGCCACUCUGAGGCUAGAAGAGUGGAGGGUGAAGAGGACAGAUGCAGAAGAGUGGAUGCACCACCGGCAGCUCCCACACGAGCUGAAGGACCGCGUGCGCAGAUAUCAUCUGCAUAAAUGGGUGACCACACGAGGCGUUGAUGAAGAAGCCAUUGUCAGAGGCCUUCCUUUGGAUCUCAGACGAGACAUCAAACGCCAUCUCUGUCUUGGUCUGGUUCGACGUGUUGCCCUAUUUGAUCAGAUGGAUGAGUGCAUUCUGGAUGCAAUCUGUGAGAGGCUAAAGCCGGUGCUAUUCACACCAGGAACUCGCCUUCUGCGCGAGGGAGAUCCUGUGAGCGAAAUGCUGUUCAUCAUUCGUGGCCGCCUGGAGUCUUACACCACAGAUGGAGGGCGAAGCGGGUUCUUCAACUCGUGCAGGCUUGGGCCAUGUGAUUUCUGCGGAGAAGAGCUGCUGACUUGGGCUCUAGACCCGCACCCCAGCGUGAUCCUCCCUUCGUCUUCGCGCACAGUCACAGCGCUGACAGAAACAGAAGCAUUCGCGCUGGUUGCAGACGACCUGAGAUUCGUUGCAUCGCAGUUCAGGAAGCUGCACAGCAAGCAGCUGAGGCACACCUUCAGAUUCUACUCGCACCAGUGGAGGACCUGGGCUGCAUGCUUCAUACAAGCAGCCUGGUUUCGCUACAAGAAACGGAAAGACCUGGCAGCACUCAAUGCCAGGGAGACACCACCUGCAGUUUCUUCUGUUCCUGAAACCGCCAAGAAUGAACGUCGUUCUCAGUCUUUGGGUGGUAAAAAGGCGUCGGAGUUGGGCAUGUAUGCUGCAGUUCUUGCAGCGAGCUCAAGAAUGGGUAGUAGUAGCAGCAGCAGGAGGAGCUCGCUUGAUAUCCUCAACUCAUUACAGAAGCCUGUGGAACCAGAUUUCUCAGCUGAUAGAUAGAUAGAUGAUAGCCUAAGGAAAUGGAAAGAAAAAAACCUUUACAGGGUGUUUAGUUGUGAAAAAGGAAUUAGGGGGGAAAAGAAUUGUAAUUCGGUGGAAUUGCAAUUCAAUGAAUAAAGUAGUAAUUGAAAUUA